AUGUUCGUCAAUCGCAACUGGUCUAAAACAAUAAAACAGGUUGAUACAGAUAGAGCUGAGAAAAAGACUUUGAUCAUCAAACUUCCGUUCAAAGGAGAUCCAGCAGCUGAAAAGGUUAGUAGAGUCCUGAGUGCCGUGGUCAAAACAACGUUCAAUGCUGCCAAACUCACAUGCGUGUUCUCAACAUCACCCAUCAUCCGAUGUCAGAACAAGGGUAAUUUGCCUAUGUUGACCUCGUCAAUGCUCAGCUACCAAUUCAAGUGCACCUGUGCUGCCACUUAUGUUGGUCGUACGACAAGGCAGCUAUCUAAGCGCAUCAAGGAACAUCAACUUACUUGGCUUAGACACGGAGGAAUCGGAGUUAUUGCCAGUUCCAUUGUGGCGCACCUGGUCGAAACUGGACAUAGGGUGGAUACUAAUUCUUCUUUCACCAUCAUCUAUGGCGUCCCACAACACCACACCAAGGCUUUUCGAAUUAAAACGCUCACAACAGCCGAGGCAAUUAUCAUCCGCUUGUUGAAGCCAGAAUUGUGUGCUCAAAAGACACUUAUUCAGGCACUCAAACUUCCGUGGCCCAAAGCGGACAACAUCACGUAUGAGCGUUGCGAUGACCCUCUCUCUCUUUCUCUUUGA